GGUACAUAACUCUAUACGACAGAAAACUUCCUGGUGUCUUGUGUCGGCUACUUUCGACAUAAUACCAUUAUACUGUAACUCGUGUCACCAUGAAUAACUCGAAUGGAAUGUCAGUGGAUAAUAAAACUGACCUCGAUAGUAUUGUUACAAAAGCGUUUUUAGAUCUUGAAGAAAUAGAGGUCAAUCUUUAUAGGGGUUCCAAUCUGUUCCGUCCUGUUGGGUCACGAAUUGUGUUUGGAGGGCAAGUUGUUGGUCAGGCUUUAGUUGCAGCAAUAAAAACUCUGCCUCCUGACUACCUCGCACACAGUCUGCACUCAUACUUUCUCAAAGGAGGAAGUUAUGAACAACCAAUUGUGUAUCAUGUGGACCGAACACGAGAAGGUAAUACUUACUGCAGUCGAAGUGUCAAGGCUGUUCAGAAUGGGUCACCCAUUUUCACCAUGCAAGCCUCAUUCAAGAAGGAGGAGUCAGACCCGUUUGAACACCAGUUUACAAUGCCACACGUACCUGAGCCCGAGAACUUGAUGAACACAACUGAAAUUCUACAGCAAGUAUUAAAGUUUCCAAAUAUCAGCCAACGUCAGCAAGAUUACAUCCAUAAGCGUUUGGCUGAGGAUAUUACGGUGGAGAUGAGGCCUGCUAACAAGGAUGAGUAUAUAAUGCAGAAAUCUUUGGCACCAAAACAGUGUACUUGGGUGAGAGCGAUUGGGCACAUAGGUGAUGAUGUCCAAAUGCAUCAGUGUGUCGCCGCCUACAUAUCCGAUACCAUUCUGCUGAGGGCUGCAAUACUGCCUGCAGGAAUGAACAACGCCGUGUCACCAAAGCGCUUCAUGAUGAUGUCUCUUGACCAUUCCAUCUGGUUCCACAACUUGAUGCACACCAACGAGUGGAUGCUCUAUGAGGCUGAAAGUCCAUUUUGUGGUGGGGGAAGAUCUCUGGUCCUUGGUCGACUGUGGCGCAGAGACGGGGUGUUAGCCAUGUCAGUGGCGCAGGAGGGUGUCAUAAGAACUCUCAAGUCACAGUUAUGAUGGACAACAAUCAGCCGUAAUUUAAAUAGAACAAUAUUAUUUUAAUAUGUAUUAAAUGCUUUAUUAUUGCAAAGAAAUGUCAAAGAAAACCCAUUCGAGAGUGUGUAAUUAAUUUUACAGAUGAGUUACGUGGAACUAGACAUCGUUCAGCUUGCCGCUUGAAAUUAAUUUCACAGAUGAGCUACCCAGAUGUAGAUAGCAUUCAAUUUGCUGCUUGAAUUGUACAGUUGUUGUGUCCUAGACGAUUUCUGGAUUGUCUUCUCAGUUGGUCCCUAAGAUAUCUGACUGUGACAGUGUGUUGACGUAAUCUCAUGUUUACAAGAUAUCGGUCUUCACGACGUGAUGCUAAUUUUAGCAUACCACGACGAGGGCGAUUCUAAAUGGAAUUGGUCACAUGAAAAGCAGCCCCACAGUCUGCCAAUAACACUUGGACUACUUUCCAGUUCUCUGUGCUUAUAAUCCUCUGAUGAGUGAAACAUGGGAAAGGUGAAGAUUUGGAUGCCAAAACUACGCAAGGACUACACAGACUGCGCAUGCAAUCCACAAACAAGGUCAUAAAGUGCUGACAUGUUGUUCGUGAGAUGUAUUCACUUUCAUUACACCUCGUUUAGUGUUUCAGUAUGACAUUUUUUUUAAAUCAUCCAUGUACUUCGUUAAUGAAGAUGAUUUG